GAGAUGAUAACAGAGUCCACUCCGUUACGUUGCAGGAAGCUCAGCAAUCCUGACAUCUUUUCAUCUGCUGGGAAAACCAAGCUCCAUCGUCAGCUAAGUCAAGAUGACUGCAAGCUACGAAGAGGUAGUUUGGCAAGUUCUUUGUCAGGAAAACAGCUACUUCCCUUAUCAAAUAGUGUCCACAGUGGAGUGGGACAGACGAUAUGGCAGCCACCUGGAGAUACCUCAAACCUGGUUCGCAUGAGAAAUCAGUCUCUAGGACAAUCUGCUCCUUCACUUACUGCUGGUUUGAAGGAGCUCAGUCUCCCCAGAAGAGGAAGCUUAAUCUCCUCUACUUUGUACUCCCACUGCCGAGGAAGUGAUGUUCAUCAGCACAUGUUCUCUCCUACAUCUGCUCCAGGUCUGCAGCACCUUAAAUUCCCAUUUAGUGCUGACUGUGCGCUUGUUACUUCUCCUUUAGUAUUUUACCUGAACUCGCAACCCCAGAGCAAUCCGUCUAGUCCAUGCUACAGCCAUCCUUUUCAGUGGAGCUGUCGGACAAGCAACAGAAAGAGUUUGAUCGUAACAUCCAGCACGUCUCCAACUCUCCCGCGGCCACAUUCCCCUCUUCAUGGACAUGCAGGCAGCAGCCCUUUGGACAGUCCCAGGAACUUCUCUCCAAAUGCACCUGCUCAUUUCUCCUUUGUUCCUGCCCGAAGCCAUGGACACAGAGCAGACAGAACGGAUGGACGCCGCUGGUCCUUGGCCUCCCUUCCUUCAUCUGGAUAUGGAACAAACACUCCCAGUUCAACAGUUUCUUCAUCAUGCUCAUCUCAGGAGAAGCUGCACCAGCUGCCCUUUCAGCCCACGGCAGAUGAACUUCAUUUCCUGACAAAGCAUUUCAGUACUGAGAGCAUCACUGAUGAGGAAGGGCGCCAUUCUCCAGCCUUGAGGCCUCGGUCUCGCAGUCUCAGCCCGGGUCGCUCCCCAAUUUCCUUUGACAGUGAGAUAAUAAUGAUGAAUCAUGUGUACAAAGAAAGGUUUCCAAAGGCCACGGCGCAGAUGGAAGAACGGCUGGCUGAGUUUAUUGCCUCUAAUGCUCCAGAGAAUGUGCUGCAAUUAGCAGAUGGGGUCCUAAGUUUCAUUCAUCAUCAAGUUAUUGAACUGGCCAGAGAUUGCCUAGAUAAAUCACGUGAAGGUCUUAUUACUUCUCGGUACUUUUAUGAGCUGCAGGAAAACUUGGAGAAACUUCUCCAGGACGCCCACGAGCGAUCCGAGAGCUCCGAGGUUGCCUUCGUUACCCAACUUGUGAAGAAGCUGAUGAUUAUCAUUGCACGACCAGCUCGGCUGCUUGAGUGCCUGGAGUUUGAUCCUGAAGAGUUCUACCAUUUGUUAGAAGCUGCAGAAGGCCAUGCCAAGGAAGGGCAAGGAAUUAAAUGCGACAUUCCUCGUUAUAUUAUCAGCCAGCUGGGACUCACCAGGGAUCCCCUGGAGGAAAUGGCCCAGCUGAAUAGCUAUGACAGCCCAGACACUCCUGAGACAGAUGAUUCAGUCGAGAGCCGUGGGGCCUCUGUCCAGUCAAAGAAAACUCCAUCUGAAGAAGAGUUUGAAACUAUUAAACUGAUCAGUAAUGGUGCUUAUGGAGCAGUGUAUUUGGUGCGACACAAGACCACCCGUCAACGUUUUGCCAUGAAGAAGAUCAACAAACAGAACCUAAUUUUGAGAAACCAGAUCCAGCAGGCUUUUGUGGAGAGAGAUAUACUGACAUUUGCUGAGAACCCCUUUGUGGUCAGCAUGUUCUGCUCCUUUGAGACCAAGCGCCACCUGUGCAUGGUUAUGGAGUAUGUGGAAGGAGGUGAUUGUGCUACACUUCUCAAGAACAUUGGUGCCCUACCUGUUGAUAUGGCGAGAAUGUAUUUUGCCGAGACUGUUCUGGCAUUGGAGUACCUACACAAUUACGGGAUUGUUCACCGUGACCUAAAACCUGAUAAUCUCCUGAUAACUUCCAUGGGUCACAUUAAACUCACAGACUUUGGACUGUCUAAAAUUGGGUUGAUGAGUCUUACAACGAAUCUUUACGAGGGACACAUUGAGAAGGAUACCAGGGAAUUCCUGGACAAGCAGGUCUGUGGGACUCCGGAAUACAUUGCACCAGAAGUGAUCCUGCGCCAGGGCUAUGGGAAGCCCGUGGACUGGUGGGCCAUGGGAGUUAUCCUGUACGAGUUUCUAGUUGGCUGUGUUCCUUUCUUUGGGGACACACCUGAAGAGCUGUUUGGACAAGUGAUCAGUGAUGAAAUUGCCUGGCCAGAAGGUGAUGAUGCACUGCCACCAGAUGCCCAGGACCUCAUUGCUAAGCUUCUCCGCCAAAAUCCUCUGGAAAGAAUGGGAACAGGUAGUGCCUUUGAAGUGAAACAGCAUCGGUUCUUUAAAGAUUUGGACUGGAAUGGAUUACUUCGGCAGAAAGCUGAAUUCAUCCCACAGUUGGAAUCUGAGGAUGACACAAGCUAUUUUGACACCCGUUCAGAACGAUACCAACACCUGGAUUCGGAAGAAGAGGAGGACACUAAUGAUGAUGAUCACGUGGAAAUUCGUCAGUUUUCCUCCUGCUCGCCGAGGUUCAGCAAGGUGUACAGCAGCAUGGAACGUCUUUCCAUCCACGAAGAGAGGAAGACUCCACCACCAACUAAACGGAGUCUGAGUGAAGAAAAAGAUGACCGACUGGAUAGCCUUGGCGGCUUGAAGAGUCGAGACCGCAGCUGGGUGAUUGGGUCUCCUGAAAUACUGCGUAAGCGCUUGUCUAUGUCUGAAUCCUCCCACACGGAGAGUGACUCCAGCCCACCCUUGACGGUCCGCCGACGCUGCUCAGGGCUUCUUGAUAUGCCCCGUUUUGCCAUCUCCACUGAGGAUGAGGGAACUGUUCUCAAAAGGCCGCAGUCCGAAGGGAUGCUCUUAUCCGCUGUGCAGUCGCGGGAGGGGCUGCCGGUGCCCAUUCCAGAACAGCCUGUGGAGCAGGAGCUGCAGCUGGAAGGUGAUGGUGGACCCACCACCCCCUCCGCAGCCAUCAGCAGUGCCUCAACGCUGACAGCUGGGAGCACUGCAGAUUUCUCUGAUCCACGAGCUCGCAGUAAUAGCAAUGAAGGCCCAGACUUUACCACUCCAAAAGCCAUCAGCGAUUUGGCAGUGCGGCGGGCACGACACAGGUUGCUCUCUGGGGAAUCAGGGGAGAAACGUACCUCAAGACCUGUCAAUAAAGUGAUUAAAUCAGCAUCCGCUACUGCCUUGUCUCUCCUGAUUCCCUCAGAUCACCACACGUGUUCUCCAUUGGCCAGUCCAAUGUCACCUCAUUCUCUAUCCUCCAACCCAUCUUCGAGGGACUCCUCACCCAGCCGCGACUUUUCUCCUGCUAUCGCAAACCUGAAACCACCAAUCAUCAUCCAUCGGGCUGGAAAGAAAUAUGGUUUCACUCUCCGUGCCAUUCGCGUCUAUAUGGGUGACAGUGAUAUCUACACUGUGCAUCACAUGGUCUGGCACGUGGAGGAAGGCGGUCCAGCGAAUGAAGCAGGUCUGCGUGAAGGGGAUCUGAUAACCCAUGUCAAUGGGGAGCCGGUCCAUGGACUGGUGCACACAGAAGUGGUGGAGCUGAUUCUGAAGAGUGGAAAUAAAGUGUCCAUCUCCACCACACCAUUUGAGAACACAUCCAUCAAAGUUGGUCCAGCUCGAAAAGCCAGCUACAAAUCCAAGAUGGCUCGUAGGAACAAGAAGAGCAAAACUAAGGAUGGUCAGGAAAGUAAGAAGAAGAGUUCUUUGUUGAGGAAGAUCACUAAACAAGCAUCACUACUUCACACCAGCCGGAGUUUAUCUUCACUAAACCGCUCUCUGUCUUCUGGAGAAAGUGUGCCUGGCUCUCCAACUCACAACCUGUCUCCUCGGUCACCAACACAGAGUUACAGAUCCACUCCCGAGUCUGUACACUCAGUUGGCGGCAAUUCUUCCCAGAGCAGCUCUCCCAGUUCCAGUGUUCCCAAUUCUCCAGCCAGCUCUGGACACAUCCGACCCAGCUCUCUGCAUGGACUAGCACCAAAGCUUCAAAGGCAGUACAGAUCUCCGAGGCGUAAAUCUGCAGGAAACAUCCCGCUGUCACCACUAGCUCACACUCCGUCACCAACCCCACAGUCCACAUCACCACAGCGCUCCCCAUCUCCUUUACCCGGACACUCAGUUGGCAGCUCCAGUAUUAUUCAGUCUUUUCCAGUAAAACUACACUCCUCUCCACCGCUGGUGAGACAGAUUUCUCGCCCCAAAAGUGCUGAACCCCCCAGGUCUCCUUUGCUAAAGAGAGUGCAGUCAGCUGAGAAACUGGCUGCCUCGCUGUCCUCUUCUGAGAAGAAGCUGGCUUCCUCACGUAAGCAUAGCUUGGAUAUCUCUCACUCUGAAUUUAAGAAGGAGAUGCUACAGAGGGAUCCUAGUCUCCAGAGCUUACAAGAAUCUGCAAAUGAAACAACAGGUGGCAAACUUGGGCUAGCGGAAAAAGGGAUGUUGCAGAAGCCAGGUUCACGGAAGUUGGGUGCUAUUCGACAGGACAGGGUGGAGAGGAGGGAGUCUCUGCAAAAGCAAGAGGCCAUCAGAGAAGUAGAUUCUUCUGAAGAUGAAACAGAUGAUGGUUCAGAAGAUAGUCAGGAUGGGAGAAGACUAGACAAGCCCCCUGACAGUGGAGACCAAGGCUCAGAUUCUUUUAAUGAAGAUAGUAAGUUUUCAUCUAAAUUGGAAAGCAAGGAUAGUAUCGAAGAUGAUGCCUUUCUACCUGAAGAUCCAAAAGGUACAGAAGAUUUGCAGAAGGGAAAUAAUCAACAAGCCAAGCCUGUUUCAGAGCCACUGCAAAUCGAUGUGCACCCUUCCCCAUCAGAGGUCCUACCAAAAGCUUCUCCAGAAAAAUUAGCUAAUUCAGAAAAGCCAUUCCUAAGAUCAGAAACAACUGCAAAGGAACAUAAAUUGCCAGAAAACAAAACUUUUGAGUGUUUUGGUCCAAAAGACAAGUCUUCUGAAGCAAUCAAAGACCUAGGGAGAAGUGCAAGUACUCAAAAAAAAAUAGAUCGCACAGAACAUAUACAGUGCCCGUCUAUCAAACUCCUGGAACUUGAAGAAGGUGACUUUUCAGGGGCCUCGUGUGGUAAGCUUGACCUGAAAGACCCUCUGCUAACAGAAAGCAGUCAGAAAAAACAGGAUUCCAAACCUCUGCUGGCACUUUCUUCGUGGUGCACGGCAAGCGUGAGCACUCCUCUCUCGGUAAGGCCCGCGGAUCGCAGUGAGAAGGAUCACAAGGAGACGCUUCAGCCUGCAGAACAGCACAGCACCUCAUUUCUGUCUCCUGGAAGCACGAGCGAAAUAUCCCCAAAAAGUCCUAGUACUGAAAAGCAACCCAGUUCAUCCCAGGCAGAGAGUGCUUCAACCGCCAGCAAAACGAGCCCAGCAGGUCCUGUAUCCUCCACACUCCUCGUCCCCGGUGCUAUUGAAAGAGCUCUCUCUGUGUCUCAGUUAGUGCCGCUAGCUCAGAGCGUGUUGGGCCCUUUGAAGCUCAGUCUGUCUGGUUCCGGAGAGGUGGAAAAGAGAAAGGAUUUCCCCCAUUUGGGUGCCUCCUGUAAAGAAGAGAGAGAUUCAAAACAAAAAAGGCAGGAAACAUCACAAGCAGGAGCAUGUCAAGAGAAAGCCAAACUAUCUAGCACAGACGCUCUGACCACAAGGAGCGGAUCCUGUGCCGAGUCGUUAAACUCAGCAAAGCCCUGGGAGGCAACGUGUCCUGUGGUGGCAAAAAAGGAGACAACUUUUUGCAGUGCUAAAGCGUCCGAAGUGUUGGGAGGUAGCUGCAAAAUCACUCCAUCAAAAGAGCUGUCUCAUGCUCUUGGACAAGCAGCUCUGAGAGCCUCUCCUCUGCCAGAUGGCAGCACGAGGCCCUGUAAAGAAGGGACUCUCGCACAAGCAAAAAGCAAAGAGGUUGGAAAUCAGUUAAAAAUACAAGACUUUCCCCUGUCACAUGAUGGUGCUGUAAAGAAAACAUAGCAGCAUCCCUGGUACCUGUGGACUGGAGCAUUCUACAUUCAAAAUAGAGACUGCAUGUUUGAAUUUUGUAAUAUACACUAAUAUAAAAUAGAACUUGUGUACAUCUAUUUUUGGGAGGGUUUUUUUCAUACUGUUUUUUGUGUUUUUUCAUCCUUGCUAUUCUAUUUUUGUACACAGUAAUGCUUGCCGUUUGAGGUCUCUUUAGAACAGGGUAUCUUUAAAGCAGGACUUAAGAAACAGUUUGUUGAGUUUUCUCCCUUCCAGACCUUUUAUGUUGCCUGAGUUUAGGGUCUGUCGUGUUCUUCCCCCUAAUCCUGCAUUUAUUCAAGAUCCCCAAAGUUCUGAGUACAAAAAAGGCAGCUUACUUUAAAAUCUCUGCUUUUCAACCUUCUCUUUGAAAUGCCACUGAAAUUCACAAAUUUCAAGUAUUGUCUUUGAAUUUACAAUCUGCUGUCCUUUGACAAGGAGAAGAAAAUAGUCUCUUGUCCGCAAGUAAUUCCGGAACUGUAAACCCUCUUUGUAAGGCUUCUUCAUCACCGUGUGCAUUCCCAGUCCUGCACGUGUCCUUAGAGGAUAUGGGGGCAAGGGACUUGGCUGGAGGGGUUAGACAGAGAGCGAUCCCUGUCUUCUCUUUAAACCAAUUAAAAGUAUUUUUCAAUGGAAUUAUCAGAAAGAGAGAUCUCCAAUCCGUAAGCUGUUUUUUGGGGAUUGUUUUCACAUAUCCUUUAUGGGACACAUGGCAACUUUUCCCUCUCUUUUUAAAAUUGUAGCAAUGUUUUAUCUUCCCUUCUCUGGCUUCAAUUCAUAACUUGCCCUGCCUCAGAAUAAAUGACCCCAGGAGAGGGGCGCCUUGUAGGUUGAUUUUUAAAGUAGAGAAAUUUGUAGUCGCGUGUUCUCCAGUGUGUCUCAGGCAAAGUUAUCUCAAUGAUAAAUGACCUUUGGAGACUUUUCCUUCUCUUGGUGGGUCUAAAUAGGUAGGGAUUUUAAGGUGUUCCUUAACAUUUCUGAAUUGGGGCUUGGGAAACUUGCUGAGUUUUCUGAAUCUGCCCGUUUUAAAAACUAAAAAAAACCUAUGAAGAGUUCUGGCUCCUCGAGUUCUGUGGACAAGCUGCAAGCAGACUUCAAAACACAUGUGAUAUUUUAAGAUUUCAGCUUUGAUAGCUAGAUCAUUUCCACUGCUGAGGUCACUUUCCAUUAAAAAAUUACUCUUUGCUCUUAGGUUUAGACAUUGCUUUGCUUUAAGUGUGACCAACUCUGGGUAACAGUGCUCUUUGCUGAGGAUUAGAUCAACAAUAAUAUACCAAUAAAUGUGUCGAGUGGUGAUACCUAUAGCACUGUAAGCCAUUUCUUCAUCCAAUUAAAGGUUCCUCUCAAUGAACACUCCCGUCAUUUGUCCCAGAUUGUGCUCAGCUUUUAUUCUAGUCUUCUCUGAGUGUAUCUCCCUGCGCAUCACCCGCAAGGUCUAGUAUCCUGCUCACUGGCUUACUCUGUUAGAAGCAGAAUGACUGUGCAACAGUAUUUCAAGCUAAAACCUGCCUCUGUUGGUCUGAUUUCAUUACACUGCCGCCUUCUUCAUUGUCUUGGCUUUUUCUGAACUUGGUUUUGAUUUGCUUCCCCUAAAUGCAAAUAUGUUUUUAUAUAGGAAUAUAUUUUCUCCAUCUCUUUCAACUUGAUUUCAGCUCAAUCCACAAAUCACAAAAAUCUCUGGAAUCUCACCCUACUUCUUUCUGUAUAACCAUUGUUUCCCCCCAUUAUAUACUUGUUUUUGGCUGCUUGGAUUUCAUUUCUGGACCAAGGUUUGGUUUGGUUUGAGCUUUUUUUUAAACAUGUUUAAAUGAGUGUUUACUCCGUGUGUCUGUGUGAACAUGUAUGGUGUUGUUAAUACACUAACCAAAGCCUCAACUCUCCCAGAUAACAUGUUAAUAAAUCUUGCUGUGACGGUAUUGAGAGCAGAGCCUGCUGUGCUGUCUCUUUGCUCUUUUUCCUGGAAUUCAUAGGCUACUCGUAUACACUUGGUUUGCAAUUAUAAACCACAAUAUUUCCACUGCCUUGUCAGGGUCCUGGGUAUCUCCAGCCUCUCAAAGCACUCUUGUUGUUGAGCAUCAUUCUGUGCUGAUUUGGAGCAAUAGCAAGUAAGGAACAGACUUGGCAGGGUCUGGUACUUAUCUGGCUGGUUUUCUCCCUGAUGGGUUGAUUUACUAAAAAAUUGCUGAGAAACAAGGUCUGACUGGCAGUACAGUAUAUGAUAAAAUGGACAGGAACAGUGAAAAAUUGAUUCAGCAUCCUGAGUCUGUGGUAAUUACAAAGACAAGCCUCAAGCUUCUCUCCUGAGAGCACCUAACCUUGGCCAGAUGGAAGUCUCUGUAUCAAUUAAGUAGUGAGCCCAGAGUUGCAUGGGGACGUGGUCCGACCUGGCUGUUCCCUGGGUGGCAGGUCCCCGUUUCCUUCUCCUUGUGGUGACACAGCUUCUUCUGUGAGCAUGCUCCUGGGGCAUCCACGAAGGGCUCUGCAUUUAAAAAACCUAAGAGAAAAACCAACUACUGCUCUUAGGAGAGAGGGCUGGGUAACCUGGCUCAUCCCACGCGGGUUGGGAUGGGACCCUCUCAAGGUACCAGCUGUAUUAGCUGCUGACUCCCUCCCUUUGCAGCUGGUGGUUCCAGCGCUGAAUUGCAGAGUUAUCCUUUCUUACGCAUAAAAAGAGGAGUGAAAAACCUUGUUAUGUCACAGCUUUUGCUGCUUUUGCCUGAAUUGGCCAAAGAAGAGGUGAGAUAUGCAUCUCGUUGCCUCUUUUGUAGCUACGGUACAGAAAGUGAUCAGUGCAAGUUAAAAAAAAACUGGUUUUUUGGAAGCCAAAGCCAAACGGCGUUACCAGGAAAGCAUCCUAGUGAAGCCCCAUAUCCCCUGCUCCUCAUCAGUCUUGCAAUUUCCCUUGGUGUGCCAGGUACCCCAUCGUCCUGGUUCCACCUCUGUCAAAUUUUUAUGGUGCACCUUAGCAAAAAGUUUGGGCAAAGAGACUUUUUUGAUAAAAUUUUUAUAAACUGGGUAGAUACAGCAAGACUUAUUCCUUGCUCUGCUAAGAAUUGCUUAAAUACCUUCUCAAAUAAGCUUGCAAAACAUGUUGGGGAGGAACGAGAUGUUGGAAAAGGUGUGUGUGAAGAGCGAGAGUGUGUUCCCCCCGGCAGGAUCAGACCCGCAGUAUCUGAGUGAAGCAUUCAGCAAGCCAAGAACUUGGCCUCUAUAGAUAACCCCGAGUCAGACAGGCGGGAGGUAGAAGUUGCGUGCAUGUGCUGCGUGUUUGGUGAAUGAGCUGUGCACAUAACCAUCCAAAUACGCUGCUUUCCUGCUUCGUUUCCCUUUUUCCUUCUGUCGGCUUGGAUGUGUCUCCUGCUCCUCAUCCAUGUUGGGAUGACGGCAUCAAAGCUGGUUCCAGCCUCUGCAGCUCCUCUCUGCUUCUGCAUCCAGCCGGCGCAUUCCUGCCCCAUGCCUCAUUUCAGUGUUACUUUUCCCUUUGUCUCUUACUGUUGCAAACUAAGAGAAAUGGAUGAUAUUUAUUGUAAAUAUUAGACUUUAGCAUUGUGAUGGCCACUCCCGGGUCCCAAUGUCAGAGGCCUUUGGCUGCUAAUAUACUAAAGAGCGCUUGCUGGGGAAGCAGUAGGAGUGACCAGUGGUUUUGGUUGCCACACUUGCAUUAAGGUGUGAUUUGGAGUAUUUUAAUAUUUUUUUUUUCUUCCGAAGAGGGGAGGAUAAAGUCUUUCUCUGGUUUUCUCUUACUGGAUGUGAAGGAUAACUCUGUACUUCUAGUAGAAGAUUUGACAGAAGUGUGUGUUUACGUUGUGUUCGAUUAUCAUAUCCAGGUGGCUGUGAGAGCACCUCCUGAGCUGGGCUCUGCCAAGCUGUGUCACUCAGCACUUAGCUAGAUAAGAGAAAGUGUGGAAUUUCUGUGUUUUUAGAAACUUGAACAAUUGCCACAUAAUAGCGGUGCAAUAAUUUUUAUUCAUGUUGUACCUGCAUGUCGAUGUUCAAAUCCUCCUCCAAAAUAAAUAAAUUUUUUUUUUUU